GUGACUGUUAUUUCUCAACUUUUAACUUGGAAUUUGGAGAUCGAUCCAGACAUUUAUGGAUUUGAAAAUAAGUGCUGCAUUUAUUAGGGAGAAAAGAAUCAAAGACAAUGGAUUAUUGAUCGAAGCAGCUUAAUAGUUUUAUAGUUGAAUGCUUUUUCAUUUUUAUUUUGUUUUAAACGUUAUUCAUUACGAAAGGUGCACUGUAAAACGUAAUUUUUCCAUGGGGCCAAUUCUUCAAUCCGCGGGUAUAAAAUUACGCAGAUUUUUUGGAUUUGCCAUUGUGUGUUUUAACUGCACUUUAAGUGCAACGUGAAAAUUUGGGACAUUGCAUCAAUUAUUUCCAGUUGGGAAAAAGUAUGCCUACAGAAUUACGUAAUACUUUUUGACCUAAAUAAUUGUGCAGAACGAUUAAGUUUUGUUGUUAACAAAACCUUGGAACUGCCUAAAACUUGUUGUUUCAGCAAUUAAGCACGUCUGGACUGAAAAGGUGAGAGAAGAGUGGAUCAAUUUAACUUCAGUUUUGCAUGUUACUUUGAUGAAACAGUUUAUGAUUUUAUGAUGACAACAAAGCAAAAGUUAAGAGUGGACGGACUGCUAGUUCCACCAUUUUCGUCAUUUCAAACCCUAACUGACGCCCGAAAACGAAUUGCAGAUAUUGUAAAUUUACCUACAAGGAAAGAUGACGUUUUUGUUAUUGGCUAUCCAAAAUCAGGAAGCCAUUGGCUGAAUGAAAUCGUGCCCCGCCUUCAGAAUUCAUGUCUGGACACCCCUCACAAAAUGAUAGACACCUUCCUAGAGUAUAUGCCAGAUCUACAGGAAUUGGAGAAUCUUCCUUCGCCUCGAAUAAUGACUUCCAAUAUCCCAGUUAAAUAUAUUCCAAAGGAAAACAAUGGGAAAAUUAUCCACUCCAUUCGUAACCCGAAGGAUAUUGCAGAGUCUGCUUUUUAUCAUUUCACAAACAACGAAAUAACCAAGGACUACUGGCUUCCAAAAUGGCCAAAUUUCUUGGACGAUUUCUUACGUGGGGAGAUUUAUUACGGAAGUUGGUUUGAACGAGAGAAAGAGUGGGAAGAGGCAGCACGACAAAAUCCCGAAAAGAUUUUGAUUGUUUAUUAUGAAAAUGUUAGGAAAAAUGGUACGGAGACGGUGCGACGAAUAUCCAAUUUUCUUGGAACCUCGUCCGAUCCUACAUUUCUUCAGGCUGUAUAUGAAUGUACCUCUGAGAAAGUAAAAGAAAGAGAAAAGGAUUCAAAGUGGAGCUUUAUCUACAGAAAAGAAGAGGUUGGUGACUGGAAAUCGGUGUUUACUGAGGAACAGAAUAAGAAGUUUGAUCAGGUCUUCAAUGAAGAAAUGAAGGACUCAAAAUUAAAAAUUCAAUGGGAGUAAAUGGUUUUGAACAAUGUUCAAAGACUUUUGUGCAUUCAUUGAAUUUGCUUCGCAUUUUAAACUUAUAAAGGAUUCUUUUUUAUUCCCCAAUAACCAGUAUGAACAAAAUAUUGUUUUAUUUGAACUAUUGAAAGCAAAAAUAUGAGUUGCGUGUGAUUUUUUUGCAACACAUGUACUGAAUAAAAUGGAGAAAAAAAUGAAUAAAAGGAAAUAUUGUUAAAUAAACUCAAGGUUAUCAUAUAAAGAGACGUAAUCUGCAUUCUUUCUGAUCAUUUUACAAAAAACGCCAAACCACAACGUUAAGAAAGAUAAAAACCAGUUCUAACUUGAUCACAAAUACAUGAUAUCGCUAACAAAGAAGGUUUUAAUAAAUUAUUUUAUUUGUAUGUACACUAAAGUUUUAUAAAUGUUAAAAUUCAGCAGUAAUUUUUUUUUUAAAAAGUCUAGAAAAAAGAGCUUACUAUCUGAAAAAUUUAUUUGUUAAUCUUAUGUGGACUCUUCCUCUUGUCAUGAAGGUUUAUGAAGCCUUUAAAGCAUUUAUGUAUAUUAUUUUGCCAAUAUAUUUGCAAAUGUUCAAUAAUAUUAUGCAGGAGAAUAAAAGUGUGUUUUUGAACACACUUAUACUUUC